ACAAAUAUUCGCACUGUCAAAAUAGCCGAUGAAUGGAAAAUAAUACACGUAAUAAGCAAACAAAUAACCACGGCACUUGUUAUAAAAAUUCAUAAUUCUUCCUUAUUAUACCAUAAAAUAAUAAUUGAUCAGUUUUUGUUGUGUACAAAAAUGAAAUUGCUUAUAACUGCAACCAUCUUUUGCACCCUAACAAGUGUAUGUUAUUCAGAAAAUGAAACAUUUAUACCGACAAAAGAAUGGCAAGAAAUCAAGCCAGGUCAAGGAAUACCGGCAGGAUUACACGUCCGUAUGAAUCUUGAAACUGGAAAAAAAGAAGCCAAACUAUUAGAAGAAAACGACGUAAAAUCGUCACGAACAUCGAGUUUGUCCGUGGCACAAGGGGAUACUUUUGAUGAAGAAUCUUAUGCAGCGAAUAAGAAAAAGGUUAAAUUCAACCAUAAGCUCUCAGAAGCACUAAAAAAUCUGCCCGAGGAAGCCCUAGGAAUUGAAUUCAAUGCAGAAAAGUUUGAAAAAAUCAAAAAGGACUACAAAAGCUAUGAUGAGCUCAAACGGUCUCUGAAAGAUUUGAACAUGAAUUUCAAGUCAGAUGCAGAAAUAAUAAGUGAAUUAAUUAGAGAUUUCCAAAACGUAACAAAGGACGAAACAAGAUUUCGGGAUGUGGUAAGAAUCUUGGACAAUUUCAAUUAUCUCGUUCACCAGAUCGACAAUGCCAUUUGGUUCAUUGAAGAGAAUGGGUUGGAUCUUGUGUUGUUGCCAAAUAUUGUAAACAAUACCAACACUGCAUUGAGAGUACAAUCAAUGAGAGUUUUAGGAGCUUUAACACAAAAUAAUCCCAAAGCGCAAAUAAGCGUUUAUGAAAAAAACUUCGGCAGUUACCUUAGUCACAUACUCAUUUCAUCGGCUAGCACGGAUGAACUCUCAACAGCGCUGUAUGCAUUUGGAAGUCUUCUUAGAAAGUUCCCACAUGCUCAAAAAAAUAUUCUCUCUCGAUCAGGUGUAAAGUCCUUAAUCACAGUUCUCAGCAAGGAUUGUGAAAUGAAGAUCAAAGCAAAGGCACUCACACUUAUUUCAGAUUUGAUUGUUGAGAAAGAUUUGGCAGUGGCCAAUGCAGCUACCCAAGACGCAUCUCAGUACUAUGAGUUGAAGUUCGAAGAAUGGCUGCCUGCCCAUGAGUUUUGUCAGACUGUAGAUGGAGCUUUGUCGCAGAAAUUGUACGACCUCAUUGAACAACCAGAUAUAACAGAGUAUUUUGUCCAAGCUCUUGAAAUCACCGCACACAUAUGUCAACGAGUUUGGUCUCAAAGUGCCCAGUUAAGGCACACUCUGCUCACAAUCAAAAACCGCUUUAUUCAUACAAAUGAAGAAUACCGCUUGGAAGUCGCUAAAUUAAUAGAAGCUCUUACACGGUCACUGUUUAGAUCAACAGUUGAUAUUAAGGAUGAACUUUAAAAAGUUUGCUAAUGAAGUAUAAAUAAAUGUUUGUUUUAUGAGUCCGGCAUAGCCCCUCAAGAUUAAUAGUUGUUAAAUAAAUGUUUGUAUCAAAUGAAUGUUCUCGACAAUUGAA